GCGCUGGCUGGAAAUGUUAAUCCAUCGCCUGCAGUUCGCGACNNAAGGGCCUAUACUCGUCGUCAAGUCCUCGGUCUGUCACAACCGCCUCUUACACAACUUNNCACAAUGUCUGUCCCGAGCAGACUCUUCUCGCAGGGACUGCACAUCCGCCAAUCGACCCUACCACCGACCUUCCUCCUCCCAUCUCUCUUCACCUCUUCAUUCUCGACAACGACCCCGGCAUGUGCUCGUCGUGACGGCAACAGAAACAGAGGUGUAUCUGCCCUUCGUCGCACUGGUCUCCGCCCUCGCCAGACCCUCUCUGUCAAGCCCGAGGACCUGCCCAAGCCUGUUACCGAUAGCAAACAGCGUUCCCAAGUCGACGUAGAUCCCGACCAUGGUCUAUGGGGUUUCUUCAAUCGCGACAGAUAUCCCUUUGCAACCCCCGAAUAUGACAACAGCCACGGCCGAGCAUGGACUAUUGUUGAGCUGAGAGCGAAGGACUUUGAAGAUUUGCACAAGUUGUGGUGGGUUUGUGUCNNAAGGGAAAGGAACAGGCUUUCGACCGAAAGAUAUGCAAGACAAAAAGCAAAGGCAGGUUAUGGUGAUUACGAGUCCGAAGAAAGAGAAUAUCAGCACGUUCUAACUGAGCGCUGGUACGCUUGGGAAGAUGCUCGCAUGCUUGCUGAGUCUGACCCCAGCGUCAACCUAUUCCCUGCUGAAGGCGAGCCAUCGUACACGCCCGAGCAAGUGGAAUUCUUGGAGUACGACGAGCCUCAAUCAACACAGCAAGACGAGCAGCUGCCUCUACCAGACGCUCAAUCACAAGUUAUGCCCGAGCAGACCAAGGCACAGCAAGAGACGCGGGUG